AUGGCCCGGCUCUCCGUCAAGGACCACCUGGACGGGAUCCUUUCCGACUUCGAAGCACUCAAGAAGUCGUUUGAGGCAGAGGAUGGGGAUGAGGCGCCCGGCUCCCCACUGGUGUUGCCGCUGUCCUCGGGCACCGGCGAGAACCAGCAGCCGCUGCAGCCCAGCCACCCCCCCUGCUCGGGCACCGCCGCCGGCCCCAGCCCAGCGCCCAGCCCCGUGCUGCGGACCCGGCUCAGUGCCAGCCGUGCCACUGGCCGAGCCAACGGCACUGCCGGCACCAGCAUCGCCCGCACCGCCUCCUUCCAGACCCGCCAGGCCUCUGCCACGGGGCCAGGAAGCGAUGGCGAGAGCCUGCGCAGCUCAUCCUCCAGCCUGGAGAGCCCUGCACCCACCAGGCCCCUCCUGCCACCAGGCACCCCCCCAGCCACCAGCCCUGGCCUGAAGAAGGUCCCAUCCCAUGGAAGCGUUUUCCCAGGGGUGCUGGAUCACCCUCUGUGUGGGGCCGCCGCCAGCCAUGGCUCACUGCCAGCGCUGGACCUGCACAUCGCCGAGGAGCCAGGGACCCCCGUGCCGGACCCCUCACCAUGGGGCACCCAGAGCCCUGCGCCCCAGCCUCGCACCCACCAGCCUUCCUCCUCCUCCCUGGCCCCAUACAAUGGCACAGAGGCAGCGCCAGGGCUGCCCCGGCCGCAGCUGAGGGUCACCCUCAGUGCCAGCCCCAUCCCGUCCCGCCGGCACCCGCCGCUCUGCUGGGGCCAGGGGGAGACAGCCCCAGGCCCUGCCACCCUCUCCCCGGGGAGGGUCGAGGGGCUGCCCCCACUUCCAGCCCCCCAAGCUGCCACCUUCAAGCUGGUGUCACAGCCACAGACGGUGCAAGUGAGCUCCCAGCCCGCCUUCCUCGGGGGGCUGGUGCUGGUGCCGACACUGGGGACACCGGCAACGCCCCGUGGAGCCAGAGGGAACCCCCCCAGCACCGGGCUGGUGGUACCACGGGGACCCUGCGUGGUGGCAGCAGCUCCCAGCAAGGCUGCAGACGGCAGCGGGGCAGCGGGGACACCAGAGCACGGGAGCAGCCUGGAGCCCGAGGAGUGCAGCAUGGAGCCGCCGGCCGUGCCGGAGGAGGAGGUGCCCGUCACCGUGGCGCCUGGCCCGGUGGGUUGCCAGCUCUUUGGAUAUGUGGGAAUUGAAGCCGUGCUCGACCAGAUGAAAAUCAAAACCAUGAAGACGGGCUUUGAGUUCAACAUCAUGGUCGUGGGGCAGAGCGGGCUGGGGAAGUCGACGAUGGUGAACACCCUCUUCAAGUCCAAGGUGAGCCGCAAAUCCUCGCAGCCUGGGCAGGAGGAACGUAUUCCCAAGACAGUGCAGCUCCAGUCUAUCACCCAUGUCAUCGAGGAGAAGGGGGUGAAGAUGAAGCUGACAGUGACGGACACGCCGGGGUUUGGAGACCAGAUCAACAAUGAGAACUGCUGGGACCCCAUCAUCAAGUACAUCAACGAGCAGUACGAGAGGUACCUACGGGAGGAGAUCCUCAUCACCCGUAAGAGGAAGAUCCCAGACACUCGGGUCCAUGGAUGUGUCUACUUCGUCCCCCCCACAGGUCACUGGCUGCGCCCACUGGAUCUGGAGUUCAUGCGGCGGCUCAGCAAGAUUGUCAACGUGGUGCCAGUGAUCGCCAAAGCCGACACACUCACCCUGGAGGAACGGGCAGAGUUCAAGCAGCGGAUCCAGGAGGACCUGAAGACCCACGCCAUCAGCGUGUACCCACAGGAGGAUUUUGACCAGGACCCUGAAGACAGGGCACUGAAUGACAGGAUUCGGGAGAAGAUCCCCUUUGCCGUGGUGGGGGCCGACCAGGAGCACCAGGUGAAUGGCAAGCGGGUGCUGGGCCGCAAGACCAAGUGGGGCAUCAUCGAAGUGGAGAACCCAGCACACUGCGAGUUCCCCCUCCUGCGGGACCUGCUGAUCCGGUCACACCUGCAGGACCUGAAGGACAUCACCCACAACGUCCACUACGAGAGCUACCGCGUGCGGCGGCUGAACGAGAGCAACCGGCCGGUGCUGAGCCCCCUCAACGGGCUGCCUGGCAAAGGUGAGGGUGGCAGCCACCUCUGAGCCACCUUGUGCCCCCCAGAGCCACCA